AGCGGCGGCUGCUGGGGGGCCCCGCCGGGCGCUACCUGCCUUCCCGCCGGCGUGGCGUGGCGUGGCGUGGCGUGGGUCGGGUCCUGGCCCGCCUUGGCUUGCGAGCUCGGGCUCGGCGUUGCCGCGCUGCCGGAGCCGUGCGAGGCUCCUUCACCGGGGCCCGGCAGAGGGCUCGGGGAGAAGGUCCGGCGGCGCUGCUGGCUCCUUCUGGAGAAAGGGGAACUGAUGAUUUGAAUCCAUUCACAGAGGAAACAUUGCCUGAUAACCUGCAACCUCCUAGCCUUGAGUAGUGCUUGGCUGUGCUUUUCCUGAGUGCUCCCUGGGAAAACGACAAUGAUCACAUUCAUGACCAACUCUGACAGUGAGGAGGAGCCCUGCAAUGAGAGAACAUCCCUGAUGUCUGCAGAGAGCCCUCCAAUACCCUCCUACCAGGAUGGCCGGCAAGCCUCAGGAGCAGGGGAAUCGCAGGUGCAUAGGAAGAGGCGAACGGGUGGCAGCCAUAGCCCUAACAAUGCUGCUGAUGGAGGUAUGUCUGGCUCAGGUGUUCCAGUGAGAGAAAGCGCCUUGGAAAACGAAGAGGAGGAACUGACUCUGAAAUAUGGAGCAAAGCAUGUAAUCAUGCUCUUUGUGCCUGUCACCCUUUGUAUGAUUGUUGUCGUCGCCACCAUAAAGUCAGUGCGCUUCUAUACGGAGAAAAACGGGCAGCUGAUCUACACCCCUUUCAGCGAGGAUACUCCAUCUGUGGGCCAGCGUCUCUUGAACUCAGUGUUGAAUACUGUUAUAAUGAUCAGCGUCAUUGUUGUAAUGACUGUGUUCCUAGUUCUUCUCUAUAAAUAUCGCUGCUACAAGUUCAUCCAUGGCUGGCUGAUCCUGUCCUCUUUGAUGCUGCUCUUCCUCUUUACCUACAUUUAUCUUGGUGAAGUAUUGAAGACGUACAAUGUGGCCAUGGAUUACCCAACUCUGUUCUUAAUCAUCUGGAAUUUUGGAGCAGUUGGAAUGAUUUGCAUACACUGGAAAGGACCUUUGCAGCUCCAGCAAGCAUAUCUCAUUAUGAUCAGUGCUCUAAUGGCACUGGUUUUCAUUAAAUAUCUACCUGAGUGGUCAGCGUGGGUGAUUCUAGGUGCAAUCUCCAUCUAUGAUCUGAUGGCUGUUCUCUGUCCCAAGGGGCCACUGAGAAUGCUGGUAGAAACUGCACAGGAGAGAAAUGAGCCUAUUUUUCCUGCAUUAAUAUAUUCCUCUGCUAUGAUGUGGACAGUUGGAAUGGCAAAGCCAGACACAGCAGUAAGUGAACCAGCUGAGGACGGGAGAGAGAACCACAGGAGCCCUUCACAUGCAGAUUCUCACAUAUUGGAGACAAGGAGUCCUGUUCCAACCCGCUCCAUCACUUCUUUCGAAGAGCUUGAGGAGGAGGAAAGGGGUGUGAAGCUGGGCCUUGGAGACUUCAUAUUUUACAGUGUGCUCGUUGGAAAAGCAGCUGCCACAGCUAGUGGAGACUGGAAUACUACGCUGGCCUGCUUUGUAGCCAUUCUUAUAGGAUUAUGCUUAACUCUUUUAUUACUGGCUGUUUUUAAGAAAGCACUGCCUGCACUUCCCAUCUCCAUCACCUUUGGCUUGGUCUUCUACUUCUCAACAGACAACCUUGUGCAACCAUUCAUGGACAUCCUGGCCUACCACCAGCUGUAUAUUUAGAAGAAGUGGAGUUAGCUAUUUAUUUUUAAAGCUUUGCUGUGAAGUAUGGUGCACUGUUUGGAGCAAGUCAUAAAGUUUUACACUUAGUGCCAUAUAUUUGUAAGGAAAACACUAAGUCUGUGACAAGGUGUGUACUAAAAAUCUAAGUUAGAUGUUGAACUGAGAUUUUUCACAGGACUCUCAGACUUCAGAGAAACACCUGGCUCAUUGCUGAUGUCAAGAGCAUUACUUUUAUGUUAUUUGAUGUGCACAGUGGCUGUUUGGAGCACAGAAGCCUGUAAGUAGUAUGUGACACUGCAGAGGUGAAGGCUCUGAUCUGUGCUUCCUGAAGCUCAGGUGUUGUUUUAGCCUUGGAAUUGCUGCCAAGUUUAACUGUAUGCUAGAAUUGCUAAUACUUCACACUUCUGAAGUGUUGUGCCAACAUGAGGUGCAAUUAAUUUGUACUUAUAAUCAGAAAAGCAUCACAGCAUGCACAGAACAGAGCAGUGCAUUACACCUGGUUGUGAGUGUUAGAGAAGUGAGGCUGAAUUUCAUAAGCUGGCCUCUGUGCACACAACAUCUGCUGAAAUUGCCCCAAAUGCCUAUUUAUUUUGACCUUAGUUAGACAUAGUGAGUUAUGAUGGAUCUAGGCAGGAUCUCACUGGUGAGAUGUUUAAACAUCAGGCUUCUGGUUCUGAGCACAUCCACCACUGCAGCUGGCAGCUGAUGAAAGCAAGGCUGCCUGUUCCAGUACAUCAGAUCCUCAGCGUGGGAAAACGGAUACUUUUUCCAGUCUUCUCCCAGCAUUUUAUUUUUUUGGAAAUCUUUUUUUUGAGUCAGUAUUACAAUCCUCAGAUUACCAUAUGGUGGAAAUUACUGCAGAACUCCAGUAAAUCAGUUGACCUGUAACUUCUUGUGUGUAUUUCUGGUCUCAUUUCUGUGCAUUGUCAUAACCACUCCAAAGGAUUAACCUUCCUUUUUGAAGAGGUCCUCUUAUACUGAUUGAGACUUGAUUUACCUAGUUUUUGGUACUGUUUAAAGAUUAUUUUAUUACUAAUUUUAAAAUACCUGUUUAAGGUCAAAGGGGCUCUUUUGGAAAUACCCUGUCAUAGAUGGGGUCAAAAUAUGGGAGUGCAAACUUUAGUCUACUUGCUCUACUGAAGGCAGCAUUAAUGCUAGGAAUGUUUAGACAGCCUCAAGUGAAUUAAGCACUUUUUGCCAGUAAAAUGUACAGGUCUGACUGAACCUUACUGUUUUCUCCACCUUUUGAAAGUUGAAAUGGCCAUGUUCUGUGUUGGUUUUUUUUUUCUCUUCUUUUUACUUGAGUGUCUGUUACACAAACAAACUUUGUUUUCUCUAACAGCUGAUCAGUGACAGUGUUUCAAAAUGUAACACUAUGCAAGGUUUUGUGAAUAAUGCUGUGUCAUCGAGAGAUGCAGAAUUUCAUCUCUGUAAAUACUUUUUAGAUAAGGCUUUGAGCUACACAUUUUUAAGGUAGUGCUUUUUCCAAUAGAAGACUUGUUCAAGCUAAUCUACUUUGGUAUUUAACAAGGACAUCACACAAGUGAUUCAAACAAAUUUUUAAAAAAUGUGUAAGGGUUUUUAUGAGUUGUGUGUGUGUCAAUUUGGACAAGUAAGUAAUUCUUGCUCUUUGUUUAGUUUUUGGUCCCCAUUUCUUAGAUUUGCAAUAUUUGGACUUAAAAUCUGCAGAGAGAGUAAAUUAUUACUAAAAUAUAUUUCCUUUAGAAAUGUAAA